AUAAGCCCAUAACCUUAACCAGACCCUGAUUAACUAGCUCAUCAAAAGCAAUGGCGACCGUGAAGCUUCUCAACUGCUUCGUCAGCCCGUUCGGGAACAGGGUGAAGAUCGCGCUGGCGAAGAAGGGCGUGGAGUACGAGGAGACGGCCGAGAACAUGGUCGCCAAGGGCCCGCUGCUGCUGUCGUCCAACCCCGUCCACGCCAAGGUCCCCGUCCUCCUCGUCGACGGCAAGGCCGUCUGCGAGUCCCUCGUCAUCCUCGAGUUCAUCGACGAGGCCUUCGCCGGCACCGGCGCGCAGCUCCUCCCCGCCGACGCCUACGCGCGCGCCAACGCCCGCUUCUGGGCCGCCUACGUGGACACCAAGAUGCCGGAGUGCGCCGGGAAGAUCUGGAAGGUGCCGAAGGGCGCGCCGGCGGUGGAGGAAGGGAAGAAGGAGAUGGUGGGCGUGUUCAAGACCCUGGAGGGGGAGCUCGGCGAGAAGCCCUACUUCGGCGGCGACGCGCUCGGGUACGCGGACGUGGCGCUGGUGACCUUCGUCCCCUGGUUCCUGACGUACGAGCGGCUCGCCGGGUUCAGCAUCGCGGAGGAGUGCCCGACGCUGACGGCCUGGGCGGCGCGGUGCGCCAAGGAGAACGAGUGCGUGGCCAAGUCGCUGCCGGACGCCGAGGCCGUGUUCCAGUUCGUGGGCGGCAUGAGGAAGCACUUUGGCCUCGAGUAACUUUGCUCGAUCCGCCAGCUGCGUACGUCCGUAUGAUGCGUACAAUAAGCUAGCCGGCUAGCCGGCCGGCAAUGGGCAAUCUGAAUCAGCACUUGCACGUCUGUGCAAUCGUGCGUCUCCUUGUCAGACUGCACUGUUGUUUCCUCCGUCUCAGUCGUUUGUGCCUUUUAUCUUUAUUAUUAUUAUUUGGGUACUGCUGGCUCCGUGCUUUGUGCUCGGCCGGCGAUCGAUUUCUAGUUUCUCACUUUCUCAGUAGCGUCGUUCAUGGACCGUACCCCCUGUAAUCUGUGUACCGGGUCAAGGAAUAAAAAACUGGCACGACACAUGUCUGUUUUGUUU